AUGACCUCUCCCUCAUCAAAGUCUUCGAUCAUCACACAUCCCGACAUCCUCGGUUAUAUACUGCAAUAUGCGGACAGACAAUCCUUAGCAAGAUGUAUGAGAGUAUCCUGGUUAUUCUUCCAACUGGCUUCGCCUCUCCUCUAUUCCACUCUUUCCAUCACACCCAACAACAUCGACUCAGUGCUAAGAGGGGCAAGUUCCGGCUCGAUGAUUUAUUCGGAUUGCACCGAAAGGGAGAUGAAACGUGAUUUACUCGGUCUGGUGAAGAAUCUAUCUGUGAGAAACCAUGAAGGCUGUGAUAAUCUAGGAUGUAUGAGAUGGUAUCAAACGAAUAUUAAAUUCCCCUCUUUGAGCAUUCUUCGAAUAUACCUGAAUGAGAUCAACACAAGUGCGUUGUACUGCCGCUGGUUACGCGGAUUGGAACCGAAGAAAUUGAUAAUCAGAGAUAUGACUUAUCUGGCAGCUGGCCAGCCAUACUCUGGAAUCGUUGAUGAGACGUUACAAACGGUCACGAAGUUGGUCAUUACAUUUAGGAAUUUAGAUGAUUUGCGAGAAGUCAACCAAAUGACCCUGGAAGGUGGGCAAUCUAUCGAGCAUCAUAAGCGGAUAUUCGACGAGAAUACAGAGAUAGUCUUGAUAUUCUGGACGGACGAUCCAACACAGAAAUGGAAUCAUAACGCAAAUGCAGGGGUCGACUCGGACCCGAAUUUCAGUUCGGAUUCAAAUUCAAAUUCGGAUGACGGGGAAGGAGACAUCGAUAAUUUAGUACAACAGAUAUCUCUAUGUGCGAUGGCCGAUGUUGGUAGAUUGAUCGUCUGCAAUUCAGAUAAGAUAGCUAUGAAGGACAGAACGAAUAUGGAUGUAAAGCGAUACAUAAGCAAUCGGAUAGAGGGAAUGAUGAAGAACUGGAUGAAUUGCACAGGAGGGCAAAAGCAGCUGAAGAAUAGGUCAGAGGUGAUUGAGUAUAUGGAUUUUGAGGAGUAUCUGACAAGAGAGGACUGGCAAGGAGAAUUUGAUAGAGAGGAAGUCGAACUGUGGUUCGACGACAUCUGA